AUGGCGCUGGACUCCGCAUCCUUGGCCUUUGUCCCCGUGGCCUUGCCUAUGGCCACAAGCACACCCAGCCACGCGAGCACAUCGGCUCCAAGAAGGAUGGGCAGCACCGCCAGUGUUGCGGCGACGGCUUUGGCAGUGGGUGCCGUGGUUGGGCGCGGCAGCGUGGCGCGCCGCGCCACCGCAGUGAAGAAGAAGGGCGUGCGCGUCGUGGAGGGCAAGGAAGUCCCCUGGAACCUCUUCAGCCCGAAGGCUCCUUACAAAGGCAGCUGCGUGAGCAAGGAGACUAUCACCACCAAGACUGCGUUGGUGAACUGGGAGACCUGCCAUGUGAUCAUGGACCACGGAGGCAGCGUCCCAUACAUUGAGGGCCAGUCUAUUGGUGUCAUCGCCCCUGGCCCGGACAAGAAGGGUGAGACGCCCGCCAAGAUCCGGUUGUACUCCAUCGCAUCGUCGUCCCCUGGAGACGACGAGAGCAACAAGACGGUGUCCUUGGUGGUGAAGAGGGUGGUGGAGGUGUCAGGCAAGGGCUGGUGCGAGUACUCCAACGUGCCACAGGGCCAGGAUGCAGAGUUUCCGGAUGCGGAGAAGGUGUACCGUGGGGUGUGCUCCAGCCACAUUUGUGACAUGAACGCAGGAGACGACGUGAUGAUCACAGGCCCGACCGGGGCGGAGAUGCUUUUGCCUGAAGACCCGGAGGCCAACAUGAUUUUCAUGGCCACCGGAACUGGCAUCGCGCCCUUCCGGUCGCACUUGCGGCACCUCUUCCAUGACAAGGUCUCCAAGGGCAACUUCAAGGGUGCGGCUUGGCUCUUCCUGGGCGUGCCUUACAGCGAGUCCCUGCUCUACGACGAGGAGUGGAAGGAGAUGCAGGCAGAGUUCCCGGACCAGUUCCGCUAUGACUACGCCGUCUCUUGCGAGGAGAAGUGCGAGAAGAACAAGAUCAACGGCGAGAUGUGGGUCCAGCACAAGAUGAUGCAGUACUCCGACGAAUUGUGGGAGCUGGUUAAGGACCCCAAGACGCACGUCUACAUGUGCGGCCUCAAGGGUAUGGAGAGCGGCUUUGCCGAGUGCUUCCAGGAGCGGGUGGAGGCGGAGGGCAUGGUCUACGCCGAGUUCUUGAAGAAGAUGAAGAAGGACAAACGAUACCAUGUGGAAGUGUACUGA